CCUUCAACGAGUCUCUGGUCCACCAUUUUCAUGAUGCGCGAUGACAGCGCGUUUAUCGUCACAGUUUCGUUACCCGUGCUGCAGUUCAACAUGUUAUUGGCGGCAUUCGGUCGGCACUAUCAGGUGAAGAGUGGCCCAAGUAAAAAGGGAAGGCCAGCCCGUUUGCAAAAUGUGAACAAUAUACUGGCGUGUAUUCUCCAUUUUUACACCGCUGCGGUCGAGCAGAAAACACUUUGUGAGCUAUUUGGUGUACCUCCUGCUACGCUAUCUCGCGUUCUGAAGCUGGCUGAAAACGCGGUGCAGUUGGCUCUAAACGAGGUUCCAGAGGCGCGCAUCGAGUGA